AUGAAUAACGAUAGUGAGAACGAGAGCCUCCCACAAGACAUCGAACUACGAGGACAGCAUAUUGCCACGAUCGAGGACGCACUCCAGUUCCUACGGGGCUGUGAAAAGUCUGAGGCAUAUCUACUCGCGACCCAGCUAUUGGAGUACUUGCUUGGCAGACAUGAGAAGGUGGAACGAGCCAUCGACCUGCUGUACAACUACGUCGAUAAGGAAGAGCUAUGGAGAGGACAGGAGGACCACGCAGAUUUCCGAAGAAGAUGGCAAGAGGGCCAGAGAAUACAGGCACGACGUAUCCAGAACGAUGAGUACCUUACCUCAAAUAGGCAAAAAGCAAUUAAUGCCUGGGGAGAAGAGCAAGCGAAUGCCUUCUUCGGGUACCUAUCGACACGUUCAAUAGUGGAAUUGGCCAGCAAAUUCAUCACAACUGGUCUCAGUUACGAGCAUGUCCGGCUUUCGAUCAAUAAUAAGGUUAUCUCACGUCUAUCAUCACCAGGACGAGGGGUUCGCAACACCAAGGGUAUCAUACAAGGUGACCUUACGAAGGCCCUUCACCGGAAGUGUUUGCAGCCUCUAGUGCGAGAGACCCUUAUAGAGUGCGGGCUACAACUAGACCAGGAUGGAUAUUGCUGCGCGACCGGCAGAGGAAGUGACCUUGCCGCUCUGACUGCAGAGCCACAUAUGUCUAUUGUUGAGACAGAAACAGAAGAUGAAGGCACAGUCAUUUACCUUGAGGAGAAUGAUGAGGGAGGCGAUGCCGCCGACCUAAUGUCUAUCUGCGGUGUAUCUGAUAUGUCCUCUGAGCUAUCGGAGGCGCAGUCAUUUCCAGAUGACUUCCUGUCUAGAAAUGACGAGGAAUCUGAUUCCUCGCAGGGCAAGAAGAGACAGGAUGCUAAGUGUGGCUGCUCCGUCAAAAGAGCUACUAUGAACAGAAUCCUAGCCCUCCCUGCAGAUGCAACCAAUAGACAGAAGUUGGUGGCCUUAAGAAGCCUUAGCAGACUAGCCUUAUGUGACCUGGAGUCGAUCUUCACGAAAAAUGUGAUCUGUAUGUCUCAUGCAAAGAGGGUGUUUGAACUGUUCAAUAUGCGCAGCGCUAGCAAGAACUAUACCGCGCUUGCUAAGAGAGUUGACUUCAUCUACCGAUAUAUUGAUGACUGGGAUACCUUGCUGUCCUUCGAAAGCCUCUACCGAAGAAUACUGCCCACUCCCGAACCAACCGCCCCUCUGGCUACUGAGCUAUUCCAGCAGAUGACAGAGCGAGGGAGUGUGGUGAUUCCGCAGUUAUUUGGUUGGUUGAAGGAAGAUUUUGAUGGCAAUCAUCCUGGCGGUCUACUGGCUCUUGCACACGAGGAGAUAGACAUAUACAAUUACCAUUAUCUACCUCGCACCGGUAAGCCUCGUCUUGGGUGGUUGAGGAAUAUGUGGCAUGGUAUUAUCCAGCAACUGGUCCGCCAGGACCCGGCGUACUAUGCAUGCUAUGUCUUCUUUCGACCAGACCAUGCUCACCGACUGAUCUCCUUCCCGUACUACGCCAAAAGUACCAUGCCUGGUGAGCAGACUCGCUUUAGGCACAUUGAUGUGAAUCUAAAUGAUCUAUUCCAAACCGGGCGGGGCCACGCAAUAUUGCAAGGUAGCCUGUCGUUAGAUGAUGAGGAUGAGCAGAACUGUACUGAGUUACUGUAUGGCAUGCACCGCCAUAUUCAUGAGUGGUGGGCAAGUGUGCGUGAUAAGAUGGAGACCACAGAUGGCUACGUGCAAAAGAUCGAUGGCAAGAACUGGACCAAGGAGGAUGCCGCAAAGUAUGGCGCAGACUGGGCCAAGGAGGUCUGUAUGGCUGGUGAUGUCCGAAUCAGUCUGCCAACACUACCCCAUAGGUCGACAGGCCCUGCAACCAAGAGACGGAGAUGCAUUUUACCAUGGUUUGUCCGUGUUAGAGAUGACCAUUCAACCCUAGAUACCCCGGAAUCUGGCACUUGGGAGGAAGUAUCCGCAGCGCACAGAGACCUCAUUCAAGCUACUAGAACGCCUUUAGGGUUCACUAGUAGUAAGUAUGGGCACCUGCAGUAUGCAUUCCCUGCGGCACCACGGUUCCACGGUGAGGGUUUGAUCUCUGACUGCUUGGUUGGCCGUGCUCGAUGGACUGAUCCUGGUGUUUCGACCGAGCUGGAUGUCCUCUUCGGUCAAUAUGAGGCCGCUGCAGCCGCCUACAUUGCCUCAUGGAGAAGACAUGCGCAGCAGACGUAUGCCGACCUAUUCCUAGAGAUGAUAAAAGCCGAGAAGUAG